GUUCCCAGUUGGCUGCAGCAUGAGGGGGCUUCUGGUUUUGAGUGUGUUGCUAGGGGCUGUUCUUGGCAAAGAGGACUUUUCGGGGCACCAGGUGCUCCGACUCUCCACUGACGAUGCAGCCCAGGUAGAGAAGGUGAAGGAGCUGGAGGACCUGGAACACCUGCAGCUGGACUUCUGGCGGGGCCCUGCCCAGCCUGGCUCCCCCAUCGACGUCCGAGUGCCCUUCCGCAGCAUCCAGGCCGUCAAAAUCUUCCUGGAGGCCCACGGCAUCGGGUACACGACCAUGAUUGAGGACGUGCAGGCCCUGCUGGACGAGGAGCAGGAGCAGAUGUUCGCCUUCCAGGCCCGGGCCCGCUCCUCGGACACCUUCAACUAUGCCACCUACCAUACCCUGGAGGAGAUCUACGGCUUCAUGGAUAUGCUGGUGGCCGAGCACCCGCAGCUGGUCAGCAAGCUCCAGAUUGGCAACAGCUACGAAGGGCGUCCCAUCUACGUGCUGAAGUUCAGCACUGGGGGAGAAAACCGUCCUGCCAUCUGGAUUGACACAGGCAUCCAUUCCCGGGAGUGGGUCACCCAGGCCAGCGGGGUCUGGUUUGCAAAGAAGAUCACACAGGACUAUGGCCAGGACUCCACUCUCACCGCCAUUCUUGACUCCAUGGAUAUCCUCCUGGAGAUUGUCACCAACCCUGAUGGUUUUGUCUUCACCUACAGCAAGAAUCGCAUGUGGCGCAAGACUCGGUCCCGCACGGCGGGCUCCUCCUGUGUUGGAGUGGACCCCAACCGGAACUGGGAUGCUGGCUUUGGGAUGGCUGGAGCCAGCAGCAACCCAUGCUCGGAGACUUACCAUGGCAAGUUUGCCAAUUCCGAAGUGGAGGUCAAGUCCAUAGUGGACUUUGUGAGGAACCACGGCAACAUCAAGGCCUUCAUCUCCAUCCACAGUUACUCCCAGCUCCUCCUGUAUCCCUAUGGCUACAAAGCAGAGGCAGCCCCCGACCGGGAUGAGCUGGAUCAGCUGGCCAAGUCUGCUGUGAAAGCCCUCGCCUCUCUAUAUGGGACCAAGUUCAAGUAUGGCAGCAUCAUCAAAGCAAUUUACCAAGCCAGUGGAAGCACCAUUGACUGGACCUACAGCCAGGGCAUCAAGUACUCCUUCACCUUCGAGCUCCGGGACACGGGGCGCUACGGCUUCCUGCUGCCGGCCUCCCAGAUCGUCCCCACAGCCCAGGAGACGUGGCUGGCGCUCCGGACCAUCAUGGAACACACCCUGCAGCACCCCUACUGAACUGACCCUUCGGCACCUUCCUCUUCCUCCUCCCUGCCUGCCCCCUGCCCCCAGCAACAAAUAAAGUUUGAUUGUCCACGGAACAG